CACAUAACCAUCACAAAUCGGCGUGAAGGCAUCGUAUGAAAACCUUGUGUUCCACCAGGAAGACACAUCAGACAAUUCUGUACUCCGAUAGAUCUAUGUACACAAGAGGGAAAAUAAGUCAAUAGAUAGAAAUACUUUAAAUAGAUUUGCUGUAAGAUGCUUUGGAUGGUGACUGUAGCUCUUUUGACACGGCUGUGAGCAAUGACAAGCUUCAUUGGACAUGUUCUGGCACACACAUUCUGAAGUGGGGUUUGAACACUGACCUUUUGGUCCACAGGGCAGGACAUUCAAGUUGCCUCUGAACUGAAGGAAUCAGCAUUUUUUGGUGCCGUCUGCUUUAUUCAGCACAAUGAGUGCAGACGAUGAUGCUAAGUGGUUGGAAUGGGUAACGAAGCAGUUUGAAAAUAUUGCUGGUGAGGAUAAGGAGAUUAAUUUGGAAGAAUUCAAGACAGCACUCAAAGUGAAAGAGUCUUUCUUCGCAGAAAGGUUCUUUACUCUGUUUGACUCUGAUGGGAGUGGCAGUAUAAGUUUGGAUGAAUUAUUGAAAGCUUUGAAUCUCCUCACACAUGGAAGUGAAACAGACAAACUACGAUUCCUUUUCCAGGUCUACGAUGUCGAUGGCAGUGGCUCCAUAGACCCCGAUGAGUUACGCAUCGUCCUCAAAUCCUGUUUACGGGAAAGUGCGAUUUCCUUACCAGAGGAAAAACUUGAUGACCUCACAAUGGCAUUGUUCGAGUCGGCCGACAAAGACAACAGUGGUGCCAUUACUUUUGAGGAGCUCAAGGAAGAGCUGGAGAACUUUCCGGAAGUAAUGGAGAACCUGACAAUAAGUGCUGCUAACUGGCUAAAGCCACCAGCUACAGAGAAGAGCACAAGACAGACCCCGCGGUAUCUAACACCAGCCUACUGGCACAACAAUAGCCGCAAACUGCUCUUCAUGUGCUGUUACAUUCUCGUCAGCAUCUUUCUCUUCACAUUUGCUGCAGUAAAACACGUCAGUGCUGGUGGAUGGGUUAUGUUGGCAAAAGGUUGUGGACAGUGCCUUAACUUUAAUUGUACCUUCAUCGGGGUCCUUAUGCUACGUCGAUGCCUGACUUGGUUAAGAGCAACCUGGGUGGUAAGGGUUCUGCCUUUGGACCAACAUGUACUUUUGCACCAGCUGGUUGGAUUUGCUAUAUUUGGACUGAGUGUUGUUCAUGCUAUUGCGCAUCUCAUAAACUUUGUGAGUUUGACUCUCAGCGAUGGAACCUACCAGCUGUGGGAGUAUCUCUUUACUACAAGACCUGGGAUUGGUUGGAUUUAUGGAACAGCAUCCAUUACUGGAGUAAUUUUGCUGCUUCUGAUCAUUUUGAUGUUAAUCUGUUCAAGUACGUUUGUUCGCAGGAGUGGACAUUUUGAGGUGUUUUAUUGGACACACUUGAGUUAUAUUUGGGUCUGGGGUCUGUUAAUUGUUCAUGGCUCCAACUUCUGGAAGUGGUUUGUAGUCUCUGGGUUCCUGUUCCUUAUGGAAAAAAUAGUUGGGAUCACAGUUUCACGAAUCGGUGGCACUCAGGUUGUGGAGGUCAACUUACUGCCAUCUAAGGUUACCCAUCUCGUAAUCAAGAGAUCGCCAUUCUUUCACUAUAAACCCGGAGAUUAUGUCUAUUUCAACAUUCCAGCAAUAGCCAAGUAUGAGUGGCAUCCAUUCACUAUCAGCAGUGCUCCAGAACAACAAGACACUAUUUGGCUUCAUGUCAGGUCCCUUGGCCAAUGGACCAACCAACUGUAUGAAUACUUUAGACAACCCGAGCUACUGGGCAAUGAACCAAAGCGGCUGACAAGAAAUCUGCGGAACAAGAAACACCAGAGAUCUGCACAGGAGCACCUUGGUAAUUUGAUUGCCUCUAAUGAUUCAGUAUUGGCCAACAAGGAAGAUAUGGUGGAGCUGACAUCAUAUAAACCACGACAGCGCUGUCAGAAUGAGCCCUCAGAAGUGAACGUCAAACUGGACUGUACAGAGGUCCCUCAGCCCAGGGAGGUCUCAACAAAACUGAGUGAUAAUCAUCGAUACUGUAACAUUAAGUGUUACAUCGAUGGACCAUAUGGAACACCAACCAGGACAAUCUUCACCUCUGAGCACGCAGUUCUAAUUGGAGCUGGCAUCGGUAUCACCCCGUUUGCCUCUAUUUUGCAAAGCAUCAUGUACAGGUAUCGCAUGAGAAAACAGAAUUGUCCCAACUGUAGUUACUCCUGGUGUGAAAAUGUGAAGGACAAUGAAAUGAGUUUGAGAAAGGUUGACUUUAUUUGGAUCAACAGGGACCAGAAAUCGUUUGAGUGGUUUGUUAGCCUUCUGACUAAACUAGAGAUGGACCAAGCAGAUGAAGAGCCUCAAGGUAGAUUCUUGGAGAUGCACAUGUACAUGACCUCUGCUCUCAGUAAAAAUGACAUGAAGGCUUUGGGUCUACAGAUGGCUCUGGAUCUGUUGGCUAAGAAAGAGAAUCGUGAUUCCAUUACGGGCUUGCGAACCAGAACACAGCCAGGUCGGCCAGACUGGGCCAAGGUUUUCCAAAAAAUUGCUGAAGAGAGGAAGGGAAAGGUCCAUGUUUUCUUCUGUGGUUCCCCAGUCCUGGCUAAAACAAUCAAGGCUCAGUGUGAGCAUUUUGGCUUCAAAUUCUACAAAGAAAACUUCCAGUGAUGUGGUAGUGAUUGUGAAUCAGCUGCGUUUCUCUCUGGUGCAAUGUAUAGUUUGCCUUUAUGUAAUCUUCCUCUGUUCGUGUGAUUGAUUCAGGUCUGGCCACACUGCAUUGCUGGGAGUGACAUUCCUCCAGAGAGAGGAAAUCAUAUCUGAGAUUUUCCAUCAGUUUUUUUUUCUUUUUUUGCCUGGUAUUCAGGAAGGCAAACAAUUGGAUAGUGGAGAUUCCACUUGAUUUGUUCCCCUGGCAUGACUAACCCAGACUGAAUCCGAGAUCCCAGGCAUCAUCUCUGAAACAUGCUGACUUAGUUGACCUCAGCCAGCAACGGUUGGCCACAGCAGUUAGUCUCUGCACCAUUGGACUCUGGGAAAUUUGUGUGUGCUGUGUUAAAGUAUUAUACCCCUCACAUUCAACUAGCUUCUUGCAUUCGGUAUACAGCUCCAAACAUGAAGUGUGGGCACUCAGAUAAACUAUCAGGUAGGUUUCAAACACAGGGAACCAUGCUGGCUAUUCUAGCUUGAGUCAAAAGAGGAAGCCAAAAGAAAGGGAAGACCCAGGAUUUAAAGAUAACUCAUUGUGUUCAAAUAUUUACUGAGAUCUUUCUUUUGAAAACCGCAGCUUACUGCAUUGAGUAUGGGAUGAAUGAGGUCAUUGGGCUUCACUGUGUUAAAAUGCAGAUUUCCAAAGGUACACAAUGAUCCCCAGUGGUAACCUGGAAGUUCAUAACAUAAUCUGUUCAUUUAACUCAUCUUGCUGAUGUGCCUUAGUGUUUACAGAAAUAAUAUUCAUUGCAGUAACAAUCUGCUCAUUUCACUGGCCUCCUUUUGCAGCCUUAGAUGUAUUUCAAAAUGGUGAUGUGGCAUAUUUCUGUUUGCUCAAGUAGAAGUAACACUUGUUGUGGAGCUUGUAACAUGUUAUUGGAAAUUGAUGUGCGCAAUGACCCCUUGAGCAUUUUAGAAAAUCAUGUUCUCAUUCGCCAUUUGCCUUUUCAAGCUAUGAUUAGAUUUUAUAUGGAAUCAAUGCUGUGCAACAGUCAAUCUCACUCAUCUAAUUUAUAACAAUGUUCACUGAAUUUGAACUGAAGAGUCUGAUUUUGUUACAGUUUGGUAAUUAACUUCCUUCCACAUGAGACGGUAAAAGUUUGGUUUCCCGAAAACUGCAUGAGAACUGCAUGGAGAGAAACCAUUUCAUUCUUCUUCACUCCCCGUACAGGUUGGGUGAUCCUCCCACGUUGCAAGGUCAGGAGACUACUGCUAACAUGUCCUCCUAUCCAGCCGUGGGUUUGGAGAGAGCUGCCACUGCCGGUUUCAUUUUACUGGGUCCUCCUUUUCCUCAUGUGGCCUGUGGCUAAUGAGAAAGCAGUGAAGGCUUGUCACUUGCGAGGCUGAAUUCCAUCGAGCUUUGCUUCACAAGGGAGUCAAAGUUUAAGGGGAUCAGACAGGAAGGUGAAGUUGGGGCCACAAUCAUAUCAGUCCUGGUCUUCUUGAUUGGCAGAACAGGGUCAAAGGGUUAAAUGGCCUAUUCAUGCUCGUACAUCCUAUGUUCAUUAGAGGAGAGAAAGUCUGUGAUUUAGACAUAUCAUCUCCAAUAUUGUCCUUGUUGGCUUGAGUCUUACUUACCAAACGAUGAUAACACGCAUUUGUGACCUCCAAUCAUGAGAGAGGAGAUUAAAUCUGAACCAGGCUCCAUGUUGUAUCUUGAUAUUAUUCAGACAAUUUGAUGAAAAUCCCGACUAUCAGUGCCUUUGUACUAACGUGAAUAUUUACCAAAUUCCUCCAUGUGUAAAGCACAUUGAGUUGCAAUAUUGAAAUGGAGCAGAAAACAAAUUAGGAUGAGCACCUUAUCUGUUUGCAAGAGAACAAUUGAACAGAACAAAUGCAAUUUCUACCCAAAGCUGUAUGUGCCAGAUUCCAUGCAUCUGCUAUUUUGACAGGCGUUGUCCAUUUUUUAAUAAAAACAACAUUGGCAUUUAGAUCAUUGAAAAUAAUUAAUGUCUAUUUUAAUGAACUAUUAAUUCAGUGCUUCAGGAGUAAUUAAACUCCAGUCUAUAUCUUGAUAUCUUUCAUUUCUUCAGGCUUGUGAUUCAAUGUAAUUUCUAUUUUGCCCAGGUUUUGAAAAAUGUAGAUUGAUUCUCUUGUGGUAUUUGUGGCUCUUAUGAUGUGAACCAGAGAUGUCAAGGUUAAUAUAAAAUGAACAAACUAGCACAGAGUAUGAAUUCCAACUGACCCUACACAAGAUGGGUCAGUUGGGCAAGCUGCAAGAAUCUCAUUUAACUGUCUCAAAAGAAUGAUUGCAAAAGAGUGCUGUUUAAAAUGCUAAUUUUUGGCAUUAAAUGAACAUUGCCUGUUGAGGCUGAAAUAAAGGCAUGACAAAAGCAUUGUGUAAGGAAUAAUCUGCAAGUCAAUCUUGAAGUAGUGUAGUUUUCUAGCUUUUCUAAACAUGGUUCACUUAUCAGUGCUGGUGCUUCUGUCAUUUUUUC